AUGUGUAACAUAUCUACUAAUCGUUAUGCCAAAGAUGAAAGGAAAUUGCCAGAUCAUGGAGAAAAUGGUCAUCUGAAACUGGUACGAGACAAUCGUCUUGUUAAAAAAGAAGAUUCGCCUUUACAUGACGGCAAUACACAUCAUACAAAAUGUGAUAUAUGUGACAAGUGGCCUAUAAUGGGUGACCGCUAUAGAUGUUUGGAAUGUACGGAUUUUGAUGUAUGCGGUGAUUGUUUUGAGAAACGACGCGAAACCGAAAAUCAUAGAAGUGGACAUGCUUUUGUACAUUUUAAAGUACCUAUGGAAUUAUUCGGUAUGAUGAUUGAUGAUGUUGAUACUGAUGUGACGAUAGAAAAUUUAAUACAAUAUUUUCAAAAUGCCAAGCAUCAAGGAGUUGCUUGUGACGGUUGUUCAGCCAAGUCAAUUACAGGAAUCCGAUUCAAAUGUGAUACAUGUCCUAGUUAUGAUUUGUGUUUGAAAUGUAUGAAAAAGAAAAAAGAAACACGUCAUCAUACAGCGAAACAUCCACUUAUUAUCAUGGAUGAAAAUAAUUUGAAAGUCAUCGAAACAAGCGAUAUUGAAUUAGGUCACAAACUUGGUCAAGGCAAUUUCGGUUCAGUAUAUCAAGCAAAAUGGAUUUCAAGAAAUCAACAAGUUGCUUGCAAAGUAUUCGAUGUUUUACUCAAUCCAUUACUAAUAGAAAGUUUUGUAAAAGAAUUAUCUGCAUAUAAUGAAUUAUCAGGUGCAUAUAUUCUUAAAUUGUAUGGUUUUGUUCAUCAUACACCUACAAAUAGUAAUGGUGGAGUACAAUGCAUGUUAAUUAUGGAAUACAUGAGUAAAGGAAGUUUGACAACGGUCAUAGAAAAAGAAAAAAUCUCCUAUAUAACAAAACUCAACAUAGCUUUGAAUAUUGCUAGUGGAAUGCGUAAAUUACAUGGACGUAAAAUGAUUCAUCGUGAUAUUCGACCUGACAAUAUUCUCGUUAAUGAAGAUUAUACAGCUAAAAUAGGUGAUCUAGGUAUUGCAUUUAGAAUUGAAACUAAAGCUCAACAAAUGGUCACAAAUACUGGAUGUAUAUCUUAUAUGCCACCAGAAUUUUACCAACAUAAAUGUGAUCAAUCUCUUGAUGUAUUUACAUUUGGUCUGACAUUGUACUUCAUGUUUACGGAGACUUCACAUGUAUAUCAGAAUGAAGGACAUCAAAUUAUUUUAACAAAGAGGUGUCUUAUUUUUCAAGAAAUAAUCGAUCGAUGCGUUCAUCACGAUCCUAAACAACGUCCAUUAGCUACUGAACUUGAAGCUAUAUUUGCUCUAUAUAAACGAACGUUUGAAAAACAUGCUGCAGCCAAUAGUUUCAACUACAAAACUCAGCCGCUUACUAAGCAAAAUCGAUUCUUUUUCGAUUUUUACAAAUCUUUUCACACGAGAGACAAAGCAGCUAUUGAAAUUCAAUAUGCUCGUGCCAGAGCUAAAUCUUAUGAUUUUACAGAUUCAGAUGCAAUUAAAUCUGCUGUUUUCGGAAUGCUAAUGAAAACUAUACUCGAAAAAGAAGUAGAAGAACAACGAAUGACUAAUGAAGAAAGUAGUAACAAAGAUGAUGACGAUUCUGAUGCAGAUGGUUAUGAGUAUUAUGAUGAUUAA